AUUUUACGACAAACAAAUAACACGACAGAUGCCAGCGUGGAUUUUGCAAACAAGUCAUAACCAAAUUUAGGUCAGAAAUGUCAGAUGAAAAACCAGCGCUCGAAGGUCCUACUGUGGAACCUGAUUCUGCACACUCAGAUUCAAAGGAAACUCCGGAAGAAACGUCACAGAAAGUGCAAAUGCCUCCGCUUCCAAAGAAAACUCCAGGGCCCAGGCCAGGUGGCACUGGUCAGCCUGAGGAACAGUUCAAUAUGUUUAUGAACCCAAUGUUUGCAGAGAUGGAGGAGCAGGUGAAAAAACAGACUGCCAUUCUGGACAAAAUAAAUGAGGACAUGCAGCGAGAGAAAGAGAUAAACCUGCGAGAGAAAACCCAGGCCCACCUGCCAGAACAGCUCAGGGGCAGAGGCCAACCAAUAGAUGAUGUGAUGAAGAAAGUUCAUGAAUUAAUUGCCUACGACUUUAAUGAGAAUGAACCAGAACAGGAGGAAAAGAAGGAGAUGGGAUUUUUUGAGAUGCUGGCUGCGUCACGAUCACAGAAAAACCCUGAACUACAUGAUGAGGGGAAUGUGGCGGCUCCUGCACCAAAAGUUGAGGUUGCUAUCCGGAAGCUGGAUGAAUAUGGUAUGGCAGCAGUCACGUCCCACAGUCUAGCUGCCUACAUCUCCUGCCUACCACCUGACCACCUUCGCAAGUUCACCAGCAAAAUCAGCAUGGAAUGCCAACUCUGGCUCAACAAGAUGUUCAGGUUUGAGGAGGGUCAGGUUUGUUACACAGAGACCCCGAGUGAGGGCCUGAUCAGGGUGUGUCGUCUGGCUCUGUACCAGAAGUAUCCCAAGUACCUGACUGAGGGGUUUGAAGCCCUGUACUCCCGACCCCCCGUGUUCUACAUUAGCUCUGCCGCCCAUCCUGCACUCGCCACAUACAUCUGUCAACAGCUUGGAUUGCCAGCGUCAGCUAUCUGCUCUGUACCUUGUGCCUCUCUCCUUGGAUGCUCUUCAAAAAUGCGACCAAACAAACAUGAGAGGAUGGACACAGAAAUCUUGGAAAAGUUGAUAGAGGACGAUAUUGCUGCAGCUAAAACCCCUGUUGGCCUGGUUGCAUAUGCUGGAACUCCGAACAUUGGGCAUGUCGAUGACAUGGAUAAGCUAAGGGAGAUCUGCAAGAAGAAAAAUAUCUGGAUGCAUAUCAAUGGAGACAGCCUGGCAAUGAUGGCCCUGAUCCACCCUCCAGGAAAUGUGUACUCCUCCAAGUUUGCGGACAGUUUUACCAUCACCAUGGGGACCUGGCUUGGCCUCCCUGCACUACCAUGUGCUACACUUUACAAGGUAGCGGAUCCCUCGCUGGUACUGGCAGCCAGUCUCAUAAGCCCUGAGGCUGCCCAGAAACUGGCAUGCCUUCCACUGUGGGUGUGUCUACAAAGCCUUGGUAUUGAGAGCAUUGAGGAACGCAUCCAGACCUCGUGUGAAAUGGCUGAUGUGAUGUUUGAAGAACUUUCAAAAAUAAACACCAUCAGACAGUUUAGUCGGGAGCAGAAGAAGGGCGAGGAGCGAGCCAUACGAACCAUCAGUGACCUCAUCACAAAGGCCAUGGUCGCACUUUUGAGUUUUGAUGUCCUCUCUCCAACUAUUGUAUUUCGAUACACUGAAAGUACUGAACCUACGAACAUAGCAGUUGCCCCAUAUGCAGCGGGUGGUUCUCUUGAAGAUGAUGAAGAGACAGAGGAGGAGGCUAGGAGGAAACAUGAGUACUACAACUCUCUCAAUGUCUGGCUUGCAGAGAGUGUGCAGGCGGAGAACCCGUGUGUGGAGGUCACUGUGGUGGAUUUGGAACGUGAGGGGCUGUGUAUGAGGUUCGCGCCACUACAGUCUGCUCAAGUGCUUGGUACAAGCAAGGAUGAUGUCAAAGCAUUUGUUAGAUCUCUCAAGUCACAAAUUAGCAUCCUGGAUGCAACUGUGUUGAACUAUGAGAAGUUUAGACUGGUCACGGCGGAACAGGAGAACCUACGACUGGUUGAGGUCGACAACUGGGCCGGGCUCGGAGCAGUGCAAUAUAUUCCCUCUGAGUACUUGGAUGAUUUGAACAAUCUGUCUGUUGAGGCUCUACAAGACAUCAGCAACCUCAACAUUGAACUCAUACACAAACUGAAGGCCACUGACAAUGCCUUUUCAUUAGGUUUUACAGACCAGGAUGUUGCAUGUGUGAAGUUUGGAUUGGUCACGGAUGAUACCGAUGUCUCCGAGCUCAUCACUCUCGUUCAGGACAUCGGGAAACAAGUGGAGGAGUCCGCUAAGGAGAAAUGGUCAGGAAAGUAUCUGGAGAGUAUGUCAGAACUGGUGAGGAAGGGGAUCCAGGAAGCCAACAAGGACCUUAUUGUGGAGAAACAACACAAAAUACAGCAAGAGGGAGUAUUGAGGCAGCUUCCCAUGAUUGGCUCAAUGAUGAAUUGGUGGUCACCUCCACCAAAGGAUGCUGAGAGAGGCAGAACUUUCAACUUAGAAUCAGGCACCAUAGCAAGCACAGAGGAGACUUACAAGUACAAGAUGCAGCUUGCAAAGGGCUCACCACGGUCUCGGACCACCUCCAGCACAGGCUCUGUAUCCAGCCAGCAUAGUGGGGAUAGAUCUAUCAGCACUCCAGGGUCCGUCAAGGCCUUGUUCCCAGCUAGCCCUGGGGGCCAGGCCCCAUCUAAUCCCCUGGGUGAGGUGCCUUCCAGCCCUGGGACAAAGACUGCAGCGGACAUUAAGGCUGGGCUGGUCAACUCCAUCAAUGAAGGUGAUUUGUCAGAGGGACAUGAAUCUCUACCUUCACCUAAUGGAAAUCUCAGGCUAAAUCUAGAUACUACAGAAACAGAAGCGGAGACUUAAUGGCAUGAAAGUGUGAUCAAUGAUUUACCAAACAUUUAUCAGAUGCAAAUGAAUGUUGUGGAUUAUUUUAUUGUGGGUUUACAUUACUGUUUGGGGCGCAAAGAGCUAGAAUAUUAAGGAAUAUGAAUUGUUGUUUUUUUGUCUUUUGAUUGUUUUUAUUUUCAUGUCCUGAAGACAUUUUAUUUAUUUCAUGACGUUUUUAUCUUCAAACAUGAGUUGAGGAAUUUGAUUCCAAGGAUUUCACAUCACCACAGCAACAGGCUUCAACAGAUUUACCAUGCCAUAUAUAAUAGCUGUGGCAUGAGUAGAGACAUUUUGUUACAAAAUAUCAAUUGUACAUUAAAAUAGUCUUCAAAGUGUGGUCUGGGGGAAGUAAUUACUUUCAGUGAUAGUUUUAUGUGUAUUUAACCUUUUGUUGUUAAUGUCAGAAAAGUUGUUUUAGAAUGUUGUCUUUGAACCUUAAUCUAUAAAAACCAAUCUGAGUUGCCAUAGAUAUUUUAUUUUCACUGUUUGUGCAUCAUUCACUAUGGAUGUGACAUAACUAUACAAUACUACUUUGUGGUUGGUAUGUAUUGUCAAUAUUGGCUUUAUAGAUAAUUGAUAUCCAUAUUUGUAUUAAAUUUAUUUAUCAAAAUCCAUUCCGUAUAACUGUGAUAUGUUUAAAUUGAUAUUUAUGACAUAAUAAUAAUAGUUAAUGUUUAUGAAAUAUAUUUAUAAACUGCUGCAGAUUGCUUAAGUUUUGAAAGAGUUUAAUAUUUUUGACUGAGCAUUACCGGUAUGUUAAAUUUGCCAGUUUUUGUCAAUGAUUAAUUAAUCCUCUUGCAAUUUUAAGCCUUGCAAAAACUGGCCAAAAGAGAGGAAAAAAAGCUUACAAAAUUACCACAGUCCAAUGUAUCAAUAUGUGCUUGUGUCUACAGUAUCGAUGUGUGCUUGUGUCUACAGUAUCGAUGUGUGAUUGUGUCUACAGUAUCGAUGUGUGAUUGUGUCUACAGUAUCGAUGUGUGAUUGUGUCUACUGUAUCGAUGUGUGAUUGUGUCUACAGUAUCGAUGUGUGAUUGUGUCUAAAGUAUCGAUAUGUGAUUGUGUCUACAGUAUCGAUGUGUGAUUGUGUCUACUGUAUCGAUGUGUGCUUGUGUCUACAGUAUCGAUGUGUGAUUGUGUCUACAGUAUCGAUGUGUGCUUGUGUCUACAGUAUCGAUGUGUGCUUGUGUCUACAGUAUCGAUGUGUGAUUGUGUCUACAGUAUCGAUGUGUGAUUGUGUCUACAGUAUCGAUGUGUGAUUGUGUCUACAGUAUCGAUGUGUGCUUGUGUCUACAGUAUCGAUGUGUGAUUGUGUCUACAGUAUCGAUGUGUGCUUGUGUCUACAGUAUCGAUGUGUGAUUGUGUCGACAGUAUUGAUGUGUGAUUGUGUCUACAGUAUCGAUGUGUGCUUGUGUCUACAGUAUCGAUGUGUGCUUGUGUCUACAGUAUCAAUGUGUGCUUGUGUCUACAGUAUCGAUAUUGUGUCUAUGAUUAAGGAAAGUGCUGCAAUGAUACUUAUCUAUUUACAUUUCAAAUGCGUGUUUGUAUUGUCUUAAAGUCUAGAGGUCUUAAGAAAACAAAGCAUGAAUUAUUGAAUACUAAAUAUUUAUGUUAUGGUAUCAAUACUCAAUAGUAUAACCAUUUGAUUCUUUUCUUAUUGAAAUUUACUGUCAACUGUGUUCUGGAAUCUUCUCUAUGUUAAAAAGUAUUUAACAACCAGACAUGACAGAAAAGUGAUGGGGGUAUUUAUAAUGGUAAUUGCUUUUGUAUGUUAAUUUUGGUAUGUAUUCAAAUGGCUUAUAUAUUUGGCUUUAAAUGGUGUUGUUAAAAUACAUGUAUGUUGUGCAACUGGUAUACAGAUACAAAUUGUUACAUUUUGAAAUCUGCCAAACUAAUAAUUCAGCAUUUUAGAUCCAAUGUGACUUUUAAACUUACGGAUAUUUAAGUAUAAUGCAAGUAUUUCCAAUCUGAUUUCAGAUAAUGCAUUGAUUUAAAAAAAAUAUGUUUAAAGAAUUUUCUCUUGUUCUUGUUUCUGUAUGCCUUUUCUAUUUAUUUGACGGAUGAUUUGAGCCUCAUUAAGCAAUGUAGGACAUUCUAGACAAGAGCAGAUAUUGAAGAAUAAAAAGAGUACGGUAGAAAAAAUGACUGCAGAUGAUAAUAUAUUUCGAGUGAUGUGAUUUCCAGUUGCUAUUUGGUUUGUUUUACUUGUUUCUUUUCUGCAUUUUGUUGUGUUUGUUAAGUAUUUGUUCUGAGAGAAUAAUAAUACUCUUAGCUAUAACUGUUCAGUUAAACAGAUAUCUUCUGGAACUUGUACCUAUAUGCAAUAUGGGAAAUUAUCUUUUGGGUAAAUAAAUUUCUAUUAUAAA